AGUUGAGUUGAUAUGUCAACCUCAUAGAGGAAGGUCAACCUGACGUUUAUCGUUAUUAAAUUUACGUAUUAUUUUUCGGUACCGGUUACAAUUUAUUCGUAAAAGUUUUAGUAUAUCUUAAGAAAAGUAGUGUCUUUAUUAUGUAUUAAUUGCCGAGCAACCAAUAACUUGUUAAAAUGCAGGAAAAUAUCCCAACAUUGAUAUCUUGUAAGCCCUUAAAAAAUCAAUACAAUGGCUUAAAUGAAAUCAAAGUAACCGACGAAGAAUUCACAGUAGGCCGAGGCUUAAAAAGUUCCGUUGUUAUACCAUCUCUAUACAUCUCUAGAAGCCACUGUAGUUUUAAAAAACAUGAAAAUGAUUGGAUUAUUAUGGAUCAUAGUACUUGUGGUAUUGAAGUAAAUGGAACAAAAAUAGGUAAAGGUAUGUCCCGGAAACUCCUGUGUAAUGACAUAAUUAAACUGGAACCUUCUCAGGAAUUUAUGUACAAGUUUGUUUGGGAAGAAGAUUGCCCUCCAACAAAACGAAUCAAGCUAGAAAUAAAUGAUGAUGAUGAUGACUUAAAUCUUAAUGAUGUUAAAAUCAAAUUUGAAGAGUCACAAAACUGUGAAAUAAAACAUUUAGAAGACAAAAUAUAUAAACAGAAACAAAUACAGAAAACGAAUGAACUUUUAAAAAAACAAAUUCACCAAUCAAUGAACCGAAAAAUGGAACAGCUGAACAAUGAUUUUGCAUUGCAAAUCGAAAAUUUAAAGGGUGAAAAAAUCGAGGUGGAAAAACAAAAGUCUCUACUGCUUGCAGAAAGGAAUUCACAAGUUUCAGCUAUAAAGAAGGAAAUGGAUGAAAAAAUUAAAGAACUAAUGGAACAAAUAAAGAAACACAACGAAAUUGAAUCUGAAUUGGUAAUUGAAAAUAAUUCUUUAAAAGAGAAAUUACUCAAGGAGAGGGAAGACUUUUUGUCUGAAUUAAGCAGAGAGAGUUCAUCAAAACAAGAUCUACUUGAAAAAUUAGAAGGCAAAAUGAAAGAACAAGAAGAAUUACGCUUGAAAGAGAAAAUGGAAUUAGAAGAAUUAUUACAAAAGGAAUUGGAGCAACUGAGACUAGCUAAAGAAAGAGAGUUGAAUGAGCUAGCUGAACAGCAGAAGCAGAGAGAGUUAGAGUUAAUGGAGGAACACAAUAAAAUCAGGGAAAAUCUUGAAAAGCAAAUUGAGAUCACUGCAAAACAAAAACAAGAAACAGAACAACAACUGAGUAACCAAGUAGAACAAAUGAAGAAACUCUCUGAUGAAGACAAAUUGAAAAUGGAACAAUUGAUUCAAGAAAGAGAAGAAAUUCAGAAGUGUCUAUUGGCAGCUAAAGAAGAUGCAAAAAGAUCAGUUGAAGCUUUACAGUCUCGAGUAGAAGCCAGAGAAGUGCAGUUGGCUGUUCUGGCUGCGCAAAGAAUACAUCAGCAAUCUGAACAAUCUGGCCAAGUCAUAAACAAUUUACAAGUACAACUUGAAAAGAUUAAAACCAAACUACGAGAUGUGGAGUGUGAAAAGGAGAAGUUGUUGGAAAAUGCGUCAGAUCAAACUGAACACAAGGCUAGCUCAUCGAAACAGGAAACAUUAACGGAAGUUGGUGAAAUAAUGGAGAGUGAAUUGCAAUGCAGUAUUUGCGCGGAAUUAUUUGUAUCAGCCACUACGCUUAACUGCUCUCACACAUUCUGUAAAUACUGUAUCACUACAUGGAAGAAGAAGAAGAAGGACUGUCCAAUCUGUAGGGCGCCAAUCACAUCGGAAUGUAGAAGCUUAGUAUUAGACUCGUUUAUUGAUAAAAUGGUACAGAACCUCACAGUUGAAAUGAAAAAGAAACGUGAAGAUAUGUUGAAAAAUAGAGAAGAAGUGGAGCUUGAUCCUGUGACACAGCCCAGCCAAAUGAGCAGCCGAAGAAACUCGUUUGAAAGCGACUGGGACACCGCGGCGAGUGACUCCGCGCUCGAGGAGGGGCAGGAGGAGGAAUACUACGACGACGAGUUCUACUACGACAACAACCCAGCUAACUUCGACAGCUACGACUAUCCCAUCAGUUUCAUCAUCGCUGUUCACACGUACCCCAGACGUUCAGGCGAUUCCAAUAGUGGACUUGACAACAAUACCGAUCCUGCCAACGCUAAUGGUACUACCGCAGGAGGUAAUAGAAGUGGCAGACGAAGACGAGAGUAUGUCCCGGGCGUCCCCGGCUCGUACUACGGAGGCUACGGCCACUGCUACCGAUGCGGAGCCUUCGGCCACUGGGCACCAGGCUGCCCCCGCGUGUAAUUAAGCAAUUAAAAUAAUUAAAGAUAUAUUUUAUGAAUUAAUUGUUUAUUUCUUUCUUCAGUAAUUAAUGUAUGUUAUGUAGUAUCUACUAUAAUAUGUGUUGUUACGAUAAGUAUUUAAGAAAGAAGUUAAAUAAAUAUAUAGAUAAAUAAA